AUGGCUGCUAUCGAUACCCCUUCAAUCAGGGCACAAGAUGUCGCGUACGGCCCAUCAGGUAUCAAGGGGCUUGUUAAAAGUCCUUUCCUUCUUUCACAAGCGUUGUUCUCCAGCAUUGGAGGAUUACUUUACGGAUACGACCAAGGUGUCAUAUCAGGCGUCCUUGUGACAACCAGCUUUGGCAAAGAGUUUCCCAUGAUUGCAAAUAACGCAGGGCUUCAAGGAUGGAUGGUCUCGGUUCUAACACUAGGUGCAAUGUUCGGCGCCUUCUUGAAUGGCCCCAUCGCCGACCGAUUCUCUCGACGCUGGUCUAUCCUAUAUGCUAACAUAAUCUUUCUGAUCGGAUCCGCAAUUCAAGCCGGAUCCGUGAAUAUACCGAUGAUCUUCAUUGGUCGUUUCAUUACAGGCGCGGCAAUUGGAAUGCUGUCCAUGGUAAUCCCGCUAUAUCUGAGUGAGAUAUCACCCCCAGAACUACGAGGUAGUCUUGUUUCGUUACAGCAAUUGGCUAUCUCGGGUGGCAUUAUGAUUGCAUUUUGGCUUGACUAUGGGACCCAGUUUAUUGGUGGCACAGGGGAUGGUCAGUCAGAGGCUGCCUGGCGGUUACCUUUGGCUUUGCAAUGCGUGCCUUCAUUGCUCUUGGCGGGGGGCACUUUUAUGUUACCUUACAGCCCACGCUGGCUGAUGAAAGCCGAUCGCGAAGACGAAGCACGGAAUGUCCUCUGCAGACUUCGUCGCGUCCCAGAAUCUGAUUCCCGAAUUCGUCUCGAGCUUUUGGAAAUCAAGGCAGCUACCAUAUUUGAACAAGAGACGAGAGCGGCGAAAUAUCCAAAUAGCAAGGGGAAAUUGCAAGUGGCCAUGCGCGAAUACAAGGAUCUGUUUGUUCUCCGUCACCUUAAUCGGCGCCUUUUCAUUGCCUGCAUGCUUCAAUUUAUUCAGCAAUUUACAGGAAUUAAUGCUGUCAUAUACUACGCGCCAACAAUGUUUAAAUCGAUUGGCCUGAGUGGAAACUCGGUCAACCUCCUCGCGACUGGUGUUGUAGGUAUUAUCCUCUUUCUAUGUACUAUUCCUACGGUUCUGUGGAUUGAUAGAUGGGGACGUCGCAAUAUCCUGCUUCUGGGGGCGGCGUGGAUGGCUACAUCUCAGCUGAUUGUUGGCACUCUAUAUGCCGUAUACCGAGACCGUUGGGAAUCAAAUACCAGCGCAGGAUGGGCUGCAGCUGUUUUCAUUUGGGUCUAUAUUGCCAAUUUCUCAUACAGCAUCGGAUGCAUCAAUUGGAUUAUGCCUUCCGAGAUAUUUCCGCCGGGUGUUCGUUCCAAGGGCGUCAGUAUCGCUAUUGCGACCAAUUGGUUGACGAACUUCAUCGUCGCUUUGAUCACGCCCCGGAUGCUGGAAUCCAUCACAUUCGGCACGUUCUAUUUCUUCCUGGCAUUUUGUAUCAUCCUUUUCGUGUGGGUUAUGUUCUUUGUCCCUGAAACCAAAGGGGUGCCGAUCGAGGACAUGGACAAGAUAUUUGGCGGAAAUCAAGGCCAGGCAGAUUUAGCGCGAAUGACGGAAAUUCGAAAUAGACUGCAUACUGUCUCUGCAGAAGAGAGGGAUCUGGCUCAGGCUAAGGAGGCGGACGUGGACUAUGCCACCGUGGAAGAACAGGAGUGA